UUCUAAUUAAUUAAUCAUAAAAGAGGCAGCUGCCAAGAUUAAAAAGAACUAUUUUAACCAUCUUUUAUUUAGUCUGUGCAGACGGUGUCAAUUUGAGGCAUCACCUGCAUUUAUCAAUUCCUCUUGCUUUCCCUUACAGCACUUGAUCCCACUUUGAGGAACAAAGCCAAAAAUCUCUGUGUGGAGAACGCUGAAGCCACUUAGACCCAAUGAGCACUCCAAAGUCAGGCCUGGGGAUCAUCUCCCAGCUGCAAGCAGUAGCCAUUCAUAGUAAAUAAAAGGCGUCAGCUUCUAAACAAUAAAAUCCACCUUCCUUUCACAUUUCAUAAACAGCGUGGGACAGAGAGAAGCACACUGCAAACCACACUGUCAACUCUCAGCCUUCCCAAACAACUGGCAGCAGAGCAGGUCCUUCACUCACCAUGUCAGGCCACCAUAAACAUGCAGCAGUGUGCCCAAGAGCUCUCAGGGCCUUUAGCAAAUGAAUCUUCACAAAGCACCUACUAUUCUCCAGUUUCAAAAAGGUUUUGGAGAUUUAGCCUAAAUGCAGCUUUCCUUGCUAAAUGAGGGUCACAAAAGUUCUGCCUAAAAAACACCUAUGGGUAUAAAUGUACACUUGUGCAGUUUUCCAACCCAAAACAUUACUGUUUAUCUUGACUUUUCCUCAUUUUGCAAAAACUAUGUUGUACAAACAAGCACAUCAUACAAAUGUUAAAAAAUGAGUGUACAGCUUUGAUGUGUGUCCUGUCCAUGCACAGAACAGUCUUUCUUCACCUGUGACUGUGUCAAGCUCCUGUACAUCCCUCCCCACACAAGGCAGAGCUUUGUCAUUCACAGACUGCCACAAGUGACAUCAGUCCAUGUUCUCAGUGGGAACACUCCUCCCAUCCUACAGUAAAUACAUUGGUUACAUCACCCACACCUGAGCCAGAGAAUGCAUCUUAUUGUCAAACUGCAUAGCUCAAACCACUAACUAAUCACUCUUGGAGACAGAUAAAUAAAUGAAUGACUGCACACAGCUCCCUAAUGUUGGCUGCCAGGUGUCAAACAAAUCCCUGGAUUGAUUCUUACUACAUUUUACACAAUUUAAAAUUACGAUUACAAAUACAAAAUAUUCCACUCAGCAAGAAGAUCCCAACAACACCUGCCUGGACAGAUGGUGAGUUCACUUGACUGUGGAAACAGAGCAUUUAGCAGGACAUGGGCCUUACUUGGACUGACACAGAAUGGGGCACAACCUCUGACACUGAAAUUUACUCCAGCUGCGAGACCAUGAAUCCUCACCUGAUCAAAUUUUAAGUCACAUGGAGAGAAUAAGAUUUACCACAUUAAUCAAAUCCCAUCAGAUUUUAUCUCCAGCUUCAAAAUGUUCAGGAAAUUGCCAGGUCGUUUGUGUCAAGCUACUAGCCAGAUCAACACUUAAAAAUGGUUUUAUUUUCUUAAUGAAAAAAUAAUGUAUAUUUGCAUGAAGGAAAAACUAUGAGGAUUGCACAAAGGAUUAGUAAAUGUAUCAACUCCCUAGAUACCUCAAGUAAGUAGAAGUAAUAUUUUAAUGCUUUUAUCCCUCCUAUCCAAAAAAUGUGGUUCAUCUAAAAAACUAUUCCAAAGCCAUACUUGGCAAACAUUUUAUUAAAUCUACAGAGAAGUACUGCACUGAUUUCCAGCUAUAUUAAUACUUAUUCUAGCUAAGAUACAGCAGUGCUGAAAUGAAGUCUUGAAGACUCAGCAUAAAACAGUUUGGGUUAAAAGGGACCUUCAAAGGUCAUUAGUCCAAUCCCAACAUGUGCAACACAGUAAAAUUUGAAAUAUCUGGUCUCUAGAUGCAUUUCUAAUGCUUCAAGCUUUAAUCUCUGACUGAACACAUUCCCAAAAAAAUCCAUUCCUUUAUCUGAAACUGCCUGAACACCAGAUUUUAAGUUACACGCGCAUGUGCUGGGAACACCAUCAAAGCUUUAGGAGAAAAGGAUAUUAGAACCAGGAUUAAAUUAGCAAGGAUAUUUAAGGUGGCUGCUUAACGUGCUAUUUUCAAACCGGGGAAACACAAGAUAACACGAGAGAGGGGCUUAAAAAACGCGAAAACAUUCAGUACGCACUGAAUGGAAGCACUGACGCGUCGGUGAGCUGCGAGCGCGAUGAUCAGCGCCCGUCCUCAGACACAGCACUAAAAAUCACACACACAAGCACUAAGCAGGGGGAAGUAGAAGAAAUUAAGUGCCGGAAAGCGGAAAAUGCAAUCCCGAGGAGCGUCUCUCCUGAGGCACCGCCAGGGACACCCGGCUCGGGGAGCCCCAGCUCCGGGUCCAGCCCACACGGGCCGGGCCCCCCCGGCCCGCAGCCCCCCUUGGAGCUCCGGUUCGGCUCUGGGGACUCCCCCGGCCCCACCGCCCCUUCCCGGCGAUGGCGGGACCCGGCGGGACCCCGCACAUCCCCUGCGCUCCCGGCUGCCCUCCCUCCCGGUCUCCCCCUCUCCGUACCGGCGGGCAGCAGCGCGGGGCCGGGCGGCGCGGCCGGCGCUUGGCUGACGGGGAUGAAGGGCACGUUGAAGCUGAACUCGGUGGCGGAGGAGGAGAAGAGCAGCCCAAAAUGCUCCAAACUCUGACUGGGAGAAGAAGGUAACUGAAUACUUCAAGGAGAAAUUAAAAGAAAAUAAUGCUACUAACUGGGUCCCAUCACUGAAUGAUGUUCCUGUACAUUACCUAAAACCCAACAGCUUAGUGAAAUUUCGCUGCAUGGUUCAAGAUAUGUUUGAUCCUGAGUUUUACAUGGGAGUGUAUGAAACAGUUGACCCAAGCACAAAUGCACGUGUUUUGCAUUUUGGUAAAUACAGAGAUGUGGCAGAAUGUGGGCCUCAGCAGGAAAUUGAUUUGAACUCCUUACAAACAGUCACCUCAGAGAGACAGACUUUCUACUGUGUUCCAGUGCCUGGUGAAUCAGCAUGGGUGAAGGAAGCCUACAUCAGUGCCAGCCAGGCCCGAGUGAGCCCCUCCACCUCCUACACCCCCAGUCGCCACAAGAGGAGCUAUGAGGAGGACGAGGACAUGGAUCUGCACCCCUCCAAACAGAAGGAGCAGCACAUGGGCGGUGGAGGUGACAUCCAUGGAUGUGUGGAGCCAAAGAGAUUAGAAACAGAAGCUUCUGCAGGUCAUCAUGUCAUUUCUCCCAACUGCUCCCCUCCACUUGACCUAAAUUUUCCCUUGCCAGGAGAGAAGGGACCAGCGUGUCUUGUAAAGGUCUAUGAGAGCUGGGAGAGCUUCAAAGUCAAUGAUGUGCUGGAGGUGUUUGGUGUUCUGUCUGUGGACCCAGUGCUGAGCAUAGUGAACAGUGAAGAGAGGGACAGCUCCACCCUGGAUCCCAUGGAGUGCAUGGACACGGCCGAGGAGCAGAGAGUGCACAGCCCCCCGGCCUCCUUAGUGCCCAGGAUCCACGUGAUUUUGGCACAGAAGUUGCAACACAUUAACCCCUUGCUGCCUGCCUGCCUUAACGAAGAGGAGAGCAAAACCUUUGUUUCUAAUUUCAUGUCUGAGCUGUCACCAGUGAGAGCAGAGUUGCUGGGGUUCCUCACCCAUGCCCUCUUGGGAGACAGUUUGGCUGCUGAAUACCUGAUACUGCAUCUCAUCUCUACAGUCUAUGGCAGACGGGAUGUGCUUCCUCUGGGAAAAUUCACCGUCAACCUGAGCGGCUGUCCCCGGAACAGCGCCUUCACGGAGCACCUGUACCGCCUCAUCCAGCAGCUGGUGCCAGCAUCCUACCACCUCCGCAUGAGCAUCGAGAGCAUGAACCACUCGCGCUUCAUCCCGCACAAGGACUACGCGGCCAACCGCCUGGUCAGCGGGCUGCUGCAGCUGGCCAGCAACACCUCCCUGGUCAUUGAUGAGACCCAGCUGGAGCAGGGACAGCUGGACACAGCAGGUGUCCGUAAUGUGACAGCCCUGGGUAACCUGAUCACUUGGCAGAAGGUGGAUUAUGACUUCAAUUACCACCGGAUGGAAUUCCCAUGCAACAUUAAUGUUCUGAUCACUUCCGAGGGCCGCUCGCUCCUGCCGUCAGAUUGCCAAGUCCACUUACAGCCACAGAUAAUUCCCCCGAACAUGGAAGAGUACAUGAGCAGCCUUCUGACUGCAGUGCUGCCCUCCGUGCUGAACAAAUUCCGAAUUUACCUGAGUUUAUUGAGGCUGCUGGACUACAGUAUAUCUGAUGAGGUGACCAAGGCAGUGGAAGAAGACUUUGUGGAAAUGCGCAAGAACAACCCCGAGAGCGUCACGGCCGAUGACCUGCACAAAAUGCUGCUGGUGGCCAGGUUCCUGUCGCUCAGCGCGGGGCAGACGACGCUGUCCAGGGAGAGGUGGCUGAGAGCGAAGCAACUGGAGGCGCUGCGCAAGGCCAGGCUGCAGCAGCAGCAAUGUGUCAAUGGCAAUGAACUUUAACACCUGCUGGAUGUCACCCUGAGAACGUCUCUAAUCCUAGGUGGAACCCAGACUAAGAUUGGAAUAUUGUUUAUACCAGUUUUUGUAGAUAAUUUAUACCAAAAAAGUUAUGGAUAUUUACCCUUGCGGUCUGAACACGCUUAACUCUGUUCAGUCGCCUAAACAUAUUUUAUGGAAUUUUUUUGGACCCUGUUUUGUAAUUGAAAAUUGGUAACAUUGAGCAAAUUGUUUGAUAUUAAACUUUAAUACUGA